CGGGCGGAGCGGCCGCCUCCCCUCGGCGGGCAGCGGCGUCCGGCGCGGGCUCGGGUGCGCCGCUCCCUCGGGCCAGGCAGGAGCGGCCGCUGCCGGAGUUGGAAGAUGGGGAAGAAAAGCCGAGUAAAAACUCAGAAGUCAGGUACAGGAGCCACAGCGACAGUAUCUCCAAAGGAAAUGUUGAAUCUAAUUAGUGAAUUAUUGCAAAAAUGCAGCAGUCCUCCCCCAGGUCCUGGUAAGGAAUGGGAGGAAUAUGUCCAGAUCCGUUCGCUUGUGGAGAAAAUCCGCAAAAAGCAGAAAGGUUUGUCUGUUGUCUUUGAUGGAAAAAGAGAUGACUAUUUCCCUGAAUUGAUAAAGUGGGCAACUGAAAAUGGAGCAUCCACAGAGGGUUUUGAAAUAGCUAACUUUGAAGAGGAGGGAUUUGGCUUGAAAGCAACAAGAGAGAUAAAGGCUGAAGAAUUGUUUCUGUGGGUUCCUAGAAAACUGUUGAUGACGGUUGAGUCAGCUAAAAAUUCAGUUUUAGGAUCUCUGUAUUCUCAAGAUCGAAUUCUUCAAGCCAUGGGCAAUAUAACAUUGGCAUUCCAUCUCCUUUGUGAGCGAGCCAAUCCCAACUCUUUCUGGCUGCCCUACAUCCAGACUCUCCCCAGUGAAUAUGAUACUCCUCUCUAUUUUGAAGAAGAUGAAGUACAGCAUCUUCAAUCAACUCAGGCCAUACAUGAUGUUUUUAGCCAAUAUAAAAAUACAGCUCGACAAUAUGCCUAUUUCUACAAAGUUAUUCAGACCCAUCCUAAUGCCAGCAAACUGCCCUUAAAGGAUUCUUUCACUUAUGACGACUACAGAUGGGCAGUUUCCUCUGUUAUGACACGGCAGAACCAGAUUCCAACAGAAGAUGGUUCCAGAGUUACACUGGCUCUAAUACCUUUAUGGGACAUGUGUAAUCAUACUAAUGGACUGAUCACUACAGGCUACAAUUUGGAAGAUGACCGGUGUGAAUGUGUAGCACUUCAAGAUUUCAAGGCUGGAGAACAGAUUUACAUUUUUUAUGGCACUCGGUCAAACGCUGAAUUUGUGAUCCACAGUGGUUUUUUCUUUGAUAAUAAUUCACAUGACAGAGUGAAAAUAAAGCUUGGCGUGAGUAAAAGUGACAGGCUGUAUGCUAUGAAGGCAGAGGUCUUAGCUCGUGCUGGUAUCCCAACUUCAAGUGUUUUUGCCUUGCACUCCACUGAGCCUGCAAUCUCUGCCCAGCUUUUGGCUUUCCUUCGAGUGUUUUGUAUGAGUGAAGAAGAGCUGAAGGAGCACUUGAUAGGUGAGCACGCGAUUGGCAAAAUCUUCACUCUGGGGAACUCUGACUUUCCUGUUAGCUGGGACAAUGAAGUUAAACUUUGGACAUUCCUGGAAGCCAGAGCAUCCCUUCUUUUGAAAACCUAUAAAACAACUGUGGAGGUGGAUAAGUCCUUCCUGGAGAGCCAUGACCUCACCCCACAUGCGACAAUGGCCAUCAAACUGCGCUUGGGUGAGAAGGAGAUCCUGGAGAAGGCGGUGAAGAGCGCAGCUGCCAGCAGGGAGUAUUACAGCAAACAAAUGGCAGACGGAGCUCCGCUGCCCAAGUAUGACAAGGGCCAUAUUGCCUUGUUGGAGAACACUGUGGCAGACUCUAGACUCCCUAUUGUCUUGAGAAACCUAGAAGAUGUGGAAGAGCAAGGGGACUUAAAGAUUGAUGAAGCCAUUGAUGCUGAAGUCACAGAGAAUGGGUUUGUAAAUGGUGAAAACUCUUUAUUUAAUGGGACCAAAUCAGAAAGUGAAAAUCUUAGUAAAGAGAAAAGCAACAGAGGGACUGAAGAUGCCAAAGAAUCUUCUUCAGAAAGUACUGAUGAGGUUAAAGAAUAGUCCUAAAAUUUUACUUUCUUGUGAAAUUAAACUAGCUGAAGUUUA